UCCACGGCCUGAACUAUGCGGUUAAUCUCUUCAAGGUCAAAGUGAUGGAUUACUGGAGUUUGUUUAUUUAUUUUAAUUUUUUAUUUAUUUACUUUAACUUUUGAGAGAAAAAAAAAACUGUCACACAAUUGCCACCAAGACCUUGGUUACUAAAUAGUAUUAUACAAGAUGAAUUGUUUACUCAGCACUUCAGGGCUUGGCUCCAUGUGAAGGCGGACUUAACUCACUUGUUACAGGACACAGGGAUCUCUCACUGAAUGGGAACGCCAGCGACGUCCUGUCCUGUAUGCAGUUAUGAGGCUCCUUAGAUACAUGUAUACAUUGGUUUUCUUGUACCCCUGUUGUGGAUGUCGCUAUUCCAGCAGCACUUACAUCUGUCAGGGAAGAAACGUGGAACACGUGCCCAAGGAUAUUCCCAAAAAUGCUUCAGAAGUGUAAGUUCAAAACGUAGGAGGCUCGUGUAUACGAAAAUAGUGGUUAUUCCAAAUGGAACAUUCUCUGGAUUUGAAGAACUUACCAAUAUAGAGAUCUCCGAGAAUUAUGACCUGAAAUCAAUAGAGGCGAACGUGUUCUCAAACAACCCUCAGCUACAAGAGAUAAGAAUUGAAAAAGCAAACAGUCUUAACCACAUUGACCUGGAUGCUUUCUGGAAUCUCCCAAUGCUCAAGUAUCUGUUCAUAUACAACACCGGGAUACAUUUUAUACCUGCCGUUUCCAAGAUACAGUCUCUCGAAAUAGUAUUUCUUGAUAUACAAGAUAAUAUUAAUAUAAAGAAAGUAGAAAAAAAUGCAUUUGUUGGACUCAGCCAAGAAAGUAUCAGGUUGUGGCUUGUACAGAAUGAUAUUGAAGAAAUAGAAAAUCACGCUUUCAAUGGCACAAAUUUACAUGAACUAAUCCUGAGCGGGAAUCAGAGACUAACUACAUUACCAGACCUUGUUUUCCAUGGAGCCACUGGACCUGAAGUAUUGGAUAUCUCAAAAACUCAGAUCAGCUCUUUACCUCAUCACGGUUUGGACACAAUCAAGAAAUUAAUAGCAAAUCAUGCUUAUAACUUAAAAAAGCUUCCUCCUUUGGACAAGUUUUCAGAUCUGAUGGAAGCCAAUCUGACUUACCCAAGCCACUGCUGUGCUUUUGAAAAUUGGAAAAAACAGAAAAGCUCCAGUUUGCACCCAUUCUGCAAUAAAAGUAAUACUUUCCUUCAUGGGAAUCUAAAGCCUAUGGAAAAGUCAUCUGGACAACCGGACUACCACCAGAGCGAUGGAUCGGUCUUUGACCUUAGUGAUGACAUUUUCGACUACUAUUUCUGUGUCGAUGUGCAGAAUGUUGCUUGUUAUCCAAAGCCGGAUGAAUUCAAUCCUUGCGAAGAUAUAAUGGGGUACAGCUUUCUCCGGAUCCUUAUGUGGUGUAUAAGCAUUUUGGCCAUCACAGGAAACAUCACAGUGCUGGUCAUUUUGAUAACAAGUAAAUCCAAAUUUACAGUCCCAAAAUUUUUAAUGUGCAAUCUUUCAUUUGCAGACUUCUGCAUGGGGAUUUAUCUUUUGCUUAUUGCCUGUGUGGAUAUAAAAACCAAAAGCCAAUAUUAUAACUACGCCAUCGAUUGGCAGACCGGAGCGGGAUGCCACGCGGCAGGAUUCUUUACAGUGUUUGCCAGUGAACUCUCCGUUUACACACUGACAGCUAUUACCUUGGAAAGAUGGCACACAAUAACCUAUGCAAUGCAGUUAGACCGCAAGGUUCGAUUUCGGCAUGCCUACAUCAUUAUGGUUUCUGGCUGGAUAUUUGCCUUUGUUGUGGCUUUACUCCCUAUUCUCGGAGUUAGUAGCUACAUGAAAGUGAGUAUUUGCUUACCAAUGGACAUCGAAACCCUAACUUCUCAAGCAUACAUUAUAUUUCUACUAGUUAUGAACGUAUUGGCAUUUAUGGCUAUCUGCAUUUGCUACGCCCAUAUCUACAUCACUGUACGGAAUCCGGAUAUUGUGUCUUCGCACACGGAUACAAAGACUGCGACACGAAUGGCAAUAUUAAUAUUCACCAAUUUUCUGUGCACGGCUCCCAUUUCCUUCUUUGCCAUUUCCGCAUCACUUAAAGUCCCUCUAAUAACUGUCUCCAACUCCAAAAUUCUUUUGGUUCUUUUUUACCCCAUUAAUUCAUGUGCAAAUCCGUUUUUGUACGCCUUUUUCACAAAAGCUUUCCGCAAAGACUUUUAUAAUUUAAUGAGUAAAUUUGGCUGCUGUGAAACGCAGGCUCAAAUUUUUAGAACAGAAACGUCAUCUUCCAACCUCAACUCCAGAAAUGGACAGUACGUCCCUGGUCAGAAAAACAGCACAGGGUCCGUGUACACAUUAGUCACGCUCAAUCACCAAAACUGAUCACUGGUCAUUUUGUUGUUUUAUUUUUUUUUACAUUUUAAAUUAUUUACAAUGUUUUCUUUCCAGUUUUUUAAGGAACAACAUCUACAAUUCAAGCUAGUUAAUUUCACAAACAAUGCAUUUAUUUAGAAGUAAAAAUGUAUCUUUAAAGGGGUACUCCAGCCCUAAGACAUCUUAUCCCCUAUCGCCGCUGGGGACCCCCACAAUCUUUCAUGCAGCACUCCACUAUCAUCAGCUUCCUAAGUGAACAUCACUUCGGGUCUGAUGGGGGCGGAGCCGUGAUGUCAAAAUACUUUGGCCCUGUGAUCAUGAUUCAUCAGACCAAGAGCGAUGUUCGUUACGGAGGCUGAUGAUAGUGGGGUGCUGUAUGAAAGAUUGCAGGGAUCCCCAGCAGUGGGACACCCACGAUCAGGCAUCUUAUUCUUUGGAUAGGGGAUAAGAUGUCUUAGGACCGGAGUACCCCUUUAAUUUUGUUAGGAGUGUGUGGGGCAAACAUCCAUACCAUUGGGGGAGACCAUGCAGCUGCUAUAGGGCACAUGGAGAGAGUUUAGUUUUGAUUGAUCAUUCCCUUGUAAAGUGGAUUUUCAUAUUUUAAAGGGGUGAAUAACUUGGCAAACAAGGGGUGGGGGUGAAAAUUAACCCAAUUGUGGGGCCUAGUUCAGACUUUUCUAAGGAACCCCUCUUUUUUUAUAAAUUUCACUAGCUUCUUCACCCAGAAACUCCAUUUACCCUGCAUCUCCAUGGUAAGACAUGGACCAAGAUGAACAUUAUGGGCCCUUACACACUGUAAUUCCCCUUUUUUCCCCCUUUCAUAAAGAACUUUAGGUCAUGUAUCCAUCACAAUUAUGAAUGAGUUUUCACAUGUAUUUAAACUGGUGCAUCAGAAAUGUGCCAAAGUACACCAGUGCUCCAAGGUUUUUAACCUCUCUAUUGAAAAUGAAAAAUCACAGCCUCAAAAGACACAAAAAACAACUGAUUGGUUGACAAGCAAACUUUAGCACAUGAUGUUAAUAAAUAUAGUGAAAAGCAUUUCCCAUGACUUUUUUUUCUCUAUAAUUUACUUGGCAAUCCAAUAGUAAUUAAGGGCCGGGGAUUUUAAGUUUAAUAAUGGGAUUGUCUGAUUCAAGACCUAUUUAAAGCAAUAUAAUGGGGAAGUACAUGCAUCAUAUGGACAGUCUAUUCAUUUAAUUGUAAUGCUUAAAGGGGUACUCCUGUGGAAAACUUUUUUUUUUUAAUCUACUGGUGCCAGAAGGUUAGAGAGAUUUGUAAAUUACUUCUAUUUAAAGGGUACCUCUCAUCAAAACAACUUUUGAUAUAUUAUAGAUUAAUGUAUACAGAAUAACUUUACAAUUGCAUGUUAUUAAAAAAUAUGCUUCUUUCUAUUUAAUUUUGCACUUUGAAGAAAUGACCACUAGGGGUCUCACUACCAGUCCUGGCAGCAAGCAUUUCAGACUCAUGCUGGAGUCCUAAACACUACGAGCUGCCAGUCUGCUUUGUUCACAAAGGAGAA